UCACUCACAAUAUUGUGUUACUAAUUAUACUAACUACGUACAAGUAUUGUAAAUACAAAGAUCGAUGAGAAGACCUCCUUGGUGGCGAGCUCCGGAGCGCGUUCCAUUUUCAAACAGGAGCGGUGAUGUUUGUGACAUCAUACGUGGUGACGCGAGCUGUCGAGCGGCUGCGGGGAGCGUGUGUAAGAGUGGCAGCAGUGGCAGUAGUGGUAGCAUUGACGCCGGCGGCAGGGUCCAUGUGCUGCGUGCUGGUGGCGACUUGCGAGGAGCUGUUCCUGCUAGUGGCUCGCGCGUGGCGCGGCCGUCUGGAGACGCAACAUGAGCGUGUCGGUGCGCUCCGUGCUGGUGGAGGGCCCAAAGCCCCAGAGGCCCAAGGGCCCGUUCACGUAUGCUAGUACGCCGCGGGCGCUCUACCACAACACACGAUUGCGGAAGGAUCCAUCGUGCGGCAGUAUGGUGACGGCCGCGACUGGAGGCACGCACUACUCCAACGUGAUGCACGACAAGCGCGUGGUGCGCGGCAGCACGUUCGGCUCCCACCAGCAGGCCGCAGGCGACGCGGACGCGGGCCGCUCGCGGCGCCGGGCGCUGGCUCGCCGCGCGGCUCUCGCCCGGCUGCGGCCCGGGACGCCGCCUGCCGCGCCCGGCCGUCGACAUCACCCCGUGCAGACCCAGCACUACCUGGAGGAGUUGUUCGACAAAGGAGAAGAGAUGGAGGUGGGGGUGCAGACAGAGCUGUUCGCAGACCGGCCGGCCACGCCCGUGUACGUUCCCGCCAAGACCGGCGCCGACGCGAGCACUCAGAUCUACCCGGGCGAUCUGUUCGAUUUUGACUUGGAAGUGCAACCGAUCCUGGAAGUGCUCGUCGGUAAGACGGUGGAGCAGGCGCUGGCAGAGGUGGCGCAGGAGGAGGAGUUGGCCACGCUGCGGGAGCAGCAGCGGCGCUACCGGGAGCUGCGGGACGCUGAGCUGGCGGAGCGGCAGCGGCUGGCGGCACAGGAGCACCGGCUCAUGGAGGAGAAGGAGCGGCGUGUGGCCGAGGGUCGAGCGGCGCGGACGGCGGCACUGGAAGCGCGCCAGCGAGUGGCGGCUGCGGCGCUGGUGCAAGGCUACGUUGCUGAACUACUGCCCGCCGUGCUGGCCGGGCUGCGGGACGCUGGCUACCUGGUGCGGCGUCUGCGAGCAGGGGUUCAAGAAGAGUUUAUGCCGUGGCUAGUUCAAGAAGUGUCAGAGGAGAUCGAGUCUCUCAUCACCAGUCGUGACGUCAUCACGGACAUCGUGCGCCAGGUCGUGGAGGCGCGCGGCGAACUGCUGCGGGCGGCCGGAGAGCAGGAAGCCGCGGCGACAACCUCGCCGCAGGAGUCGGUCACGCCGCCAUCGCUGCCCGCCGAGGAGGAAGACAACGACGAGCAAUGACGACGGCAGCCGCGAGGGGGCGCUCGACGUCACCCUGCGUUAUACUUAUUUAAUGAAUUAUUAUCUUAGUUUUAGAUAUUUUCAUAUAUUUUUCUUAUGAUAAUUUCACAAAUCUUGUCCAAGUGUAACAAAGUAAUAAUGUUUUUGAAUAACAUUUAUUUUAGUUAA